AUGUCUGAUGAAAGUCAUCAAAAUCUAACAAUCAAAGAUCUGACAGACAGAGAUGAGAAUGUUUACUGCUGCAGAAAGAAUGGAGACAACCCAAUAAACUGCUGGUUAAAGGGCAUCAAACUCCAUGUAGCAGACCUGCAGGUGAAGGUGAUUCCCACCACAGACGGACAGACAGUAGCACUGAUAUGUAGCAGCAGCUGUCCUCUGACUGAAGAGCCUGCAGUCUACAUCUGGUACCAGAACAGAGAGGUCCUCUAUCAGGACUGGUCUCCCUGGUACCAACAGCUGGUCAGCAGUGAGGAAGCAGUCAGAUACUCCUGUGCUAUCAAAGGCUACGAGGACCUCAGAGCCCCUGAAGUCUCAGUGGAUUCUGUCACACGGAGCUGCUUUAAGGUGACCUAUGCUAAAGGGACAAUGUGUUCUAAUAAGCAGACAUCAGAGGAGGAGCCCUGCUCCAUCACAUAUCCAACAGAAGUACAUGUUGAAAGGACUUUUGGAGCUGAACCAGGCUGGAUCACACUGAAGUGUAACACCAACUGUCCUCUAACUGACUCAGAAACUUCCUAUAGGUGGUACAAAGGUGGAUAUUUAUACGAGAACAUUAAGAGACAACAGGCUACAGUUCCCCGCUCCUCUAAUGAAACAUUCUCCUGUGCUGUAAAAGGAAUCGAGGAUCUGCACUCUGCUGAAGUCUGUCUCGAUGAUCCGAACUGCUGGAGUAUUAAUCAUGUCAGCAGGAGAAUCUGUGCUCUGGAAGGUUCUUCAGUCAACAUCUCUAGUGAAUAUUCUAAUCCCAACAACAAGAAACCAAAAUCUAAAUUAUGGUUUAAAAUAAAGAGAAGUGUGAAGGAAUACGUUCAAGAGCAAAUUAAAGCUGAAGGUGGUGUGAAGUAUCAUGACAACAUGAAGAACCAACACAUCCUGACAAUCAGUAACCUGAAGAAGGAUGACUCAGCAGAAUACACAUUCAUACUCCAAGAUGACAAAAGAUGGAAACGGUCUGAUUCACCUGGAGUCACUCUGGUUGUCACAGGCCUGAAAGUGGAGUUGAGUCCUUCUGCAGUGGUGACAGAGGACCAGAGAGUCACACUGACCUGCAGUACCAGCUGUCCUCUGACUGACAACACAAACUACAUCUGGUUCUUCAACAGUCGACCUCUGACCCCGACAGAGAACCACAACAAACACCUGGUUCUGGACCCGGUCAGCAGUCAGCAUGCAGGAAGCUACGCCUGUGCUGUCAGAAGCCACAACAACAUCAGCUCUCAUGUAAAGACUCUCACUGUCCAGAGUAAAAGAGGACAAUGGACACCAGCAGCAGCUGCAGGAGUCUGUGCUGCUCUCCUGGUUAUAAUACCCCUCUCUGUCUUCUGCUGGAUCAGAAAGAAGAGGACUUCAGGUCAACCUCCAACAAAUGAAACCUCAGUCCACAUGGAGCAGUUAAACCCUGGUCCUGUGUUUGAGGACGUCUCAGCUCCACCAACAGAUCAGAAUGAUCUGGUCUACAGCAGAGUCCUCUUCCUCAGAACCACACAGAUCCUCUCUACAGCAGAGUCCACUUCCCUCAGAACCACACAGAUCCUCUCUACAGCAGAGUCCGGCCACAUCCAGAUCCAGAACAGGAUCAGGUGCACUACGCUGCUGUGA